UCAGAUUAUUGACUUGAUGAUGCUUGUGAUAGAUAUAACUAAAGGAAUGCAGACUCAAUCAGCAGAGUGCUUGGUGAUUGGACAGAUUGCGUGCCAAAAGAUGAUAGUGGUUUUGAACAAAAUUGACCUUCUUCCAGAGGGUAAGCGACAAGCUGCCAUUGACAAGAUGGUGAAGAAAAUGCAUAAGACCCUUGAAAAUACUAAGUUCCAUGGAUGUCCUAUAGUUUCUGUGGCAGCAAAACCUGGUGGUCCAGAAGCCCCAGAAACUGUGACUCCAAUAGGAGUUUCGGAAUUAAUUGAGGUCCUAAAGUCAGAGGCUUAUAUACCAACAAGAGAUCCUUCAGGAUCAUUCCUUAUGGCCAUUGACCACUGUUUUUCCAUUAAGGGCCAAGGCACUGUGAUGACAGGAACUAUUCUUUCAGGCUCAGUUAAUAUUGGGGACAAUGUAGAAAUUCCUGCUUUGAAGGUGACAAAGAAAGUAAAGUCGAUGCAGAUGUUUCAUACACCAGUAACGUAUGCCAUGCAAGGGGAUAGGGUUGGAAUUUGUGUAACCCAGUUUGAUCCAAAGCUGUUGGAACGAGGCCUCAUUUGUACACCUGAAUCUCUCCAGACAAUCCAUGCUGCCAUUAUCUGUUUAAAGAAAAUCCCCUACUUUAGAGGGACUCUUCAAACCAAGGCGAAGUUUCAUAUUACAGUUGGCCAUGAGACUGUUAUGGGAAGAGUAAUGUUCUUCAGCCCAACUCCUGAUGACUUCAGUAAAGAGCCUCUGGAAAAUUAUUUUGACUUUGAAAAGGAAUACCUUUAUGAGGAGGAAUAUCUUUCCAAUGAUUCAAAGUCCUCAGAAGAAAACAAGGAAAAUGGCCAGGUUGGAGAAAGACAGCUCCCAAAACAACAGUGGGCCUUACUAGAAUUUGAAAAACCAGUUACUUGUCCUAAAUUUUGUCUUGUAAUUGGUUCAAAAUUGGACACUGAUAUUCAUGCAAAUACUUGCAGACUGGCAUUUCAUGGGAUACUCCUCCAUGGAAUGGAAGAGAAGAAUUAUACAGAGGAAUGUCUGCCAAAACUCAAGGUUUACAAGAUGAAACAUAAGGAAGGACAAGUAGAACGGCUGUGUGAUGAUUAUAGUGUGAUUGGUCGUUCAUUAUUUAAAAAAGAAACAAACAUUCAAAUGUUUGUGGGUUUGAAGGUCAAGCUAUCUACAGGAGAAGAAGGUGUAAUAGAAGGAGGCUUUGGACAAAGUGGAAAAUUUAAAGUCCGCAUUUUGGAUGGGGUGAAGCCAGAAACAAAGGCACUUCUGACUGCCAUUUCUAAGAAGAAGCCCAAGGCAGGGAGGGGAGAUUCAGCAAAAGAGGAUGAAAGUAACAAGGUGGACUUUGCCCAACCUGUUCAUAUCACUCUUCUUUUUAAAAGAUACGUCUUUGAUUCACAGAAAAAAAUGAUUCAGUCUUGAGCUAUGUUUGAAGUCUUAAAGACUGAACACCAAAAUGACUUGAUGACGGGUUCCAUACAUUGUUCACAUACUCUUUCUCUCUCUCUCCCCUUCUCCCCCUCUGUCAUGCUUUCCAGUUCCAGGCUGUUGUGCUAUAGGUACAGGUACAUGAUACUUUUUUGCAGUUGGUAGAAAGGGUUUCAUGUUAAUAUAUUCAAUGUAAACUUUUUCAUAUUUUUGAUAAUCACAUAUUAUUAUUGAAUCAAUAAACAAAAUAAAUGGAAACCUUGAUGAAAAGUGAAAUGCAAAUACUUACAUCUGAAAUUAAAUUGUUUACAUUCUUAUAUGUUCAAGAAUACAAAUACACUAGUUAUAGGGCAGGGAUUAUUUUGUGAGUGAAGUUUGUAUUUUGAAUAUUAUUUUAACUGGCUUCAGUUUCAAAACAUCUUCAGGGAUGUACAUAAUUUCAUGGCAUAUCAUUAACUUUGCUGUUUCAUGGUUCAUAAUGGCUUUUGAAUAAAUGUUUGCAUGACACCUAUCUAAAUGUGAAAUUCAUCUUUCUUUUUUUCUCUCCCCAUUCCAAAAAAAUUGAGAGAAGAAUAAAAUCUCUCUGGUCAUUUCCCUGAAUAAAAUAAAUACUAUUCAACAUCACAGAAACAUCUUCAUGUUUAUUACCAAAAUAACAAAUUAUUAAAAGUUUUUUUUCACUUGUUUAUUAGUUUUAUUUUGCUGAAACAAUAGUAAACUAUACUUACAAAAUUUAUUAAGUCCCAUGCUCGCUUCGGCAGCACAUAUACUAAAACUUAUUAAGUCCCAGUUUCAGUACCCCUUUUCUCUCCCCAUACAAAAUCACUUAUUCUCUAGCAAAACCAAAAAUUGGAAAAGAAAAUCCAAGAUCAAAAAUAUUUAGAGAGUGGAGCAAGGUCAGUGUUUUAGGCUUUGGAGUCUACUGAAUAUUAACUGAAUAUUGGAGGAUUUAUCUGUAUAGUCCAGGAUAGAUCCCAGAAGGUGGAUUUUUUUGUUGCCCAUUAAACUUAGGAGCAUUAGUUAUCAUAAUUUACAUACUUUCUUAGAGUUUUGCCAAUUUAAGAAAUGAGAGCUAAUUUCUAAUAACUGCUACAUAUGAAAUUAUUUACAUUACUUAAAUUCAUUUCUCAAUGUUUUGUAUAUUUGUGACGGGGAAAAUUUCACGCAUAAACUGGGAAAGCUAGAUUAAUGUAAUGUCAAGUAUAGCUACAAAGAAGUUUGGCAAAUUUCUUACACGU